AACGGUAUUUUCCUUCUCUCUUAAUUCAGCCAUGAAAGAGAAGGGAAAAUGCAGUAUUGCCAAGUCCUUUCUUUUUCUGAGUCAUUAAUGAUAUCGUGUAUUUAGAAACAUUGCAUGACGUUGGGGUCUAAUUUUGUUUUCCCAUGUUUCUGUACCACACAUUCAAACACUCAAAAGUACUAUUAGGACCCACUCUAAUUAUUUAUCCAACAUUAUCACCAAAAUCAAGUCAAUAGUAUUAUGCACCGAUCUUCUUCCCUCAAGCUACCAACAAUGUCUUCUUUACCAUCACAAAUCUUCAUCAUACUCCUCAUCAUCCUCUUCCAUUUCCACCACUCCUCUUCAUUCUCCCUCUCAGUAGAAAACCCUGAACAAAACUUCAUACUCUCACCGAACAACACUUUCACUGCAGGCUUCUACCCCGUAGGUGAAAAUGCAUAUUCCUUCGCAAUAUGGUUCACCCAAACACAGAAACACCUUAAUAGCAAUAACAACAGCGCCACAGUUGUUUGGAUGGCAAAUCGCAACCAACCCGUCAAUGGAAAACGCUCAACACUUUCUAUUCUCAAAACCGGCAACCUCGUCUUAACCGAUGCAGCUCAAUCCAAUGUUUGGUCUACAGAUACCGCCUCAUCAAAACCACUCCAAUUACUCUUACAUGACACCGGUAACCUCGUUCUUCAAGAACUAAACACAGACACAAACUGUUCCAGCAAUAAUAUUUUAUGGCAAAGCUUCGAUUCUCCAACGGAUACACUUCUACCAGACCAAACUCUAACGAGAUUCACCUGCCUCGUUUCAUCAAGAAGCGAAAAUAAUCACUCAUCUGGUUUCUACAAACUCUUCUUCGACAAUGACAACAUUCUUCGCCUUCUUUAUGAAGGUCCAAGAGUUUCAAGCGUCUUUUGGCCAGAUCCUUGGGCUACAAGCAACGGUGCUGCUGGUAGUGGUAGCAGAUCAACUUACAACAGUAGCAGAAUCGCUUCUUUGGAUUCAUUUGGUAACUUUAGUUCUUCUGAUAAUUUCAUUUUCAUUACUUCUGAUUAUGGAACAUUGUUGCAACGUAGACUUACACUUGACCAUGAUGGUAACGUUCGCAUUUAUAGCAGAAAAGAUGAGAAACAAAGUUGGUUUGUUUCCGGCCAAUUUAAGCAACGGCCAUGUUUCAUUCAUGGGAUUUGUGGACCGAAUAGUACUUGUAGUAAUGAUCCAAUGAAUGGUAGAAAGUGUUCUUGUUUACCUGCUUAUGUUUGGAUUGAUGAUCAAGAUAGCUCUCAAGGUUGCAGACCCAAUUUUACACUUUCAUGCAGUAAUAAGACUCAUCAUGAGUUAAGGUUUUUGCCUUUACCUCAUGUAGAUUUUUAUGGAUAUGAUUAUGGCUUUUAUGAGAAUAAAACUUACAAAGAAUGCGAGGAUCUGUGUUCACACUUGCGUAGUUGUGCUGGAUUUCAGUAUACUUUUCUCUUUACAGCUGAAAAGGGUGGUUAUUAUUUGUGUUUUCCCAAGAUUCAGUUACUUAACGGCCAUCGUUCACAGAAUUUUGAAGCCUUAUUCUACUUGAAAUUGCCAAAAAGUAGUCAUUUUGUCCAUGGGAUUAAGUAUCAACAAAAUAGGAUGGGAAUGAAUUGUUCAAGGAUCAGAGUGGUAAAGCUUGAGAGAGGAUACAUAAAAGAGAAAGAAAAUGGUUCUUUGAAGUUCAUGCUUUGGUUUGCUAGUGGUUUAGGAGGAGUUGAACUCUUGGGAUUUUUUCUGGUGUGCUUUUUCUUGUUUAGGGGUAGCAAAGAUUGUGGCGAACAUAAUAACGUGUAUGUUUUAGCAGCUGGAGGGUUUAGGAAAUUCAGUUACUCUGAAUUGAAACAAGCUACAGAAGAUUUUAGUCAAGAGAUUGGUAGAGGUGCUGGCGGAUCUGUGUAUAAGGGUGUUUUAUCCGAUAAUCGAGUCGCUGCAAUAAAGCGUCUGCAUGAAGCAAAUCAAGGAGAGAGUGAGAGGGAGUUUCUUGCUGAAGUUAGCAUCAUUGGAAGGCUUAACCACAUGAACUUGAUUGAAAUGUGGGGUUAUUGUGCAGAGGGAAAGCAUAGGUUGUUGGUUUAUGAGUACAUGGAAAAGGGUACUUUAGCUGAUAAUCUCUCAUCAAAUAAACUUGAUUGGGGUAAAAGGUAUAACAUAGCUAUAGGAACUGCAAAGGGUCUUGCUUAUUUACAUGAAAAAUGUUUGGAGUGGAUUUUGCAUUGUGAUAUAAAGCCACAAAACAUACUUAUUGACUCUGAUUACCAACCCAAAGUAGCAGAUUUUGGGUUGUCUAAGCUAUUGAAUAGGGGUGACCUUGAUGAUUCAAAAUUCUCAAGGAUAAGAGGGACAAGAGGUUACAUGGCGCCUGAAUGGGUUUUCAACUUGCAAAUCACUUCUAAGGUUGAUGUUUAUAGCUAUGGAGUUGUGGUGUUGGAGAUGAUUACCGGAAAGAGUCCAAUAACAGGUAUACAAAUCAAAGAAGAGCUGUGUCAUGAGAGGUUGGUAACAUGGGUUAGGGAAAAAAAGAGAAAAGGAUCAGAAGUUGGUUGUUGGGUAGAACAAAUUGUUGACCCUACAAUGGAAUCAAGUUAUGAUGUUGAGAAAAUGGAGACUUUGGCAAAUGUUGCUUUGGAUUGCGUAGGAGAAGAUAAAGAUGUUAGACCCACCAUGAGUCAAGUUGUUGAGAGACUUCUAAGUCAUGACUCAUGAGCGUAUGUUGUUGAUUGUAUGCAUAAUAAUUAACCAUAUAUCAUGGUUAUCAAUUACUCUAUAGUUGUACUUCUAAUGUUUCUAUUAGAAAUAUUUUACUAAUACAAGGUUCAUUAGGUUUACAUUAUUUUUAUUUAAAUUAGUUUAUUUUCCUAUUGUAAAUCACAUCUUGGAAAUAUAUGAAAUACUUUGUUACAGGCUC